UUAUUUUUAAGAAAAGUAGAAUUUGCAAUGAAGUGAAGUAAAACAUUUAGUUUCGCACAUUUUCAUUUUUUCCAGUUGAUCAGUUUUUUCAAUUUACUCAGUUGCAUUACUUUAUUUGUAUGUUCAAGCUUAUAACUCGUAAAUUCAACUUUGUACAGAUUUUAAAAGUUGUCAGUACGAACCCAAUUUAAAACUGUUUUGUUUAUAUUUUUCAAUCAACUCUUCUGCAGUAAUAGGUAGUUUUGUAAUAAGAGAAUUUAUAUUAAAACGACUUUCAUAGAAUUGUUAAUUAUGACUAAAUCGAAACGACAAAAGCUGAAAAAGAAAGCAGCAAAAAAACAAGAAGCUGAGUCAUUACUGACUGAAAACCAAAAAGAGGAUCAUUAUGUCAAGGCUUUAUUAGAAGAGGCGGAAGCUGAAGUUGACAGUUUUAAUUACGAUGAAGCAGAGCUUAAAUUAAAUGAGGCUCUUAUUAAAACUCCAACUAACUCAAAGGCUCUUGAGAUGUUAGCUGGCGUUAAAAUAGAAAAAGGUGAAUGGGUUGAAGCUCAAUGUCUUUUAAAAAAAUGCAUUGAACUAAUGCCUGAUAAGGGAUUCUCAAAAUAUUUUUCAAUGGGCCAGCUCUCUGAAGGAGAAGAAUCACUAAAUUAUUACCAAAAGGGUAUCGAGAUUAUACUGAAAGAAUUGGAAAAUUCUGAAAAUAUGGAACCUUCUGAGAAUAAGAAAGAUAAAAGAUCUUUAAGUAGAAUAUUAUCAGAUGCUUAUUGUUCUGUGGCUGAGAUCUUUAUGACUGAUUGUUGUGAUGUAGAGAAUGGCGAAAUGAAGUGUUCUGAUGCAGUAGAAUGUGCAUUAAAAGCUGAUUCUACGAAUCCAGAAGCUUAUCAGUGCCUUUGCAAUUUUAAACUAUCUGUGGAUCAAGUAGAUGAAGCAAAGGAAGCUAUUGAGAAAUGCUUGUCCUUAUGGCUUCCCCAACAUGAAGCAUUGAGAGAUGGAGAAAUUGAUGAGGAAGACAAUAUUCCCUCUUAUGACUGCCGUAUAAAGAUUUCCCAGCUUUUAAUUGAAUUGGAACUGUAUGAUGAGGCAACUAAAGUGCUUGAUGGCCUUAUUGAAGAAGAUGAUGAAGUUGUUCAAGUCUGGUACUUGCUUGGUUGGAUGAAUUAUAUUCAAGGGGAUGAAUACAAACUAAAUGCUCAUUAUUAUCUUAUCAAAGCCAAAAAGGUGAGCAUUAAAACUGGGAUGGAAGAUGUUGAUUAUGUUGCCCACAUUCAUGAACUCUUAGAUGAAUUAAAAUCUAUUGUUCCUUUGGAUGAAGAAGAUGAUGAAGAGAAUGACUGGGCAAGCUGUAGUGAUUCUGAGAAUGAGAUGGAAACAUGACAUUGUUAUGCUCAUCCUGACCUGUAAAUAAAAUAUAAUUUAUUCAUGCCAA